GUAGGCGUGGUGGACAGGAGGAAGUUUUCUCCUUUCUCUCUCUCUCUGGACGCAACUAUAUGCAUUCCAUAAAUGCCGCUCGAAGGCUAAACCUGAAGAACAGGUGUUUUCUCGGUGCGCUACGCCUUCUGACUGGAUUGUCACAUGGGUGAAACGGCUAGAAAAGUAUGCCCAUGUCUUGAGGCAUUAUGGACACGAAUGUUUGGGAAAUCAGCUGACAGUGGUGACAUUUCCAGUAAGGAGGAAGAAGGAAUAGAUGCCAGAGCUAUUGAUAAUCCCAUGGCGAGCAGCACCACGCGUUACGCGCCGCAUUCUUUCAAUGGGGCCCCUCAACCAAGCCAUGGUCCAGAAAGCGGCAUCUACCGGGCUCUUUGGUCUUUUGAAGCGCGGGCAGAAGAUGAGCUGUCUUUCAAUGGGGGUGAUCUAUUCAAAGUCAUCAAUCGCAACGGCGACUGGUGGACGGCCCGAAAAAUUGACCGGCAUGGACGCACACUGGCAACGGGCAUUGUGCCAUAUAACUACCUAGCUAGUGGAGAGACCGAUGACGCUCAGCCGUGGUUUUAUGGGAGGAUGAGCCGUGUUGAUGCCCUCAGUCAUCUCAUGUCACCCAACAACAGUGAGGGUGCUUUCCUCAUUCGACUCAGUGAAGCUUGCAAUGGCGGCCAUGUACUUUCAGUCAAGGUAGACAACCGUGCAAAGCACUUCAAGAUCUACCAAACGAACGGGAAGUUCCAUUUGGAUCCUUCUAGAAGCUUCUGCACUCUGCAUGACCUGGUGGAGCACUACAAGAGCCACGCCCUGGCUGCUGUGGACCGUCUGGGCCAGGCCUGCAUCAGGAAAGAGCCUACGCCUCAGGACCUGUCCCACUCCACUGUGGACGAGUGGGAGCUGCCAAAGGAUCAGUUCACCCUGGAGGACCGUCUGGGUGUGGGCUUCUUCGCCGAGGUCUACCGGGGGAAGUGGAAGAACCGCAUCAGCGUCGCCAUCAAGAUCCUCAAGAACAAUGAGUUCUUGAACCAGCAGGAGUUCCACCAGGAGGUGCAGAUUCUGAAGAAGCUCAGGCACCGGCACCUCAUCUCCCUCUUCGCCAUCUGCACCUCCUCAGAGCCCUUCUACAUCAUCACAGAGUUCAUGGAGAAGGGCAACUUGCUGGACUUCCUCAGAGGGCCAGAAGGGACGGUGCUGGACCAGAUGUGUCUGGUCGACAUGGCCGCUCAGGUGGCCGACGGGAUGUGCUACCUGGAGUCGCAGAACAGUAUCCAUAGGGACCUGGCGGCACGCAACGUCCUGGUGGGAGAGAACUACAUCUGCAAAGUGGCCGACUUUGGCCUGGCUCGGAUCAUCAAGGAGCCGUUCUACGUGUCAGAAAACAAGAAGAUCCCCUAUAAGUGGUGUGCCCCGGAGGCCAUCAGCCAUGGCCGCUUCUCCAGCAAAUCGGACGUCUGGUCCUUUGGUAUCCUCCUCCAUGAGAUCAUGUCCGGUGGUGGAGUGCCUUAUCCAGGAUACCAAACCAGUGAAGUUUAUGAUCACGUCAUGGGAGGAUAUCGGAUGCCUCAGCCGGUGAAAUGCCCCAAGUACGUCUAUGACAUCAUGCUCUCCUGCUGGAGAGAGAACGCAGAGGAUCGACCAAGUUUUAAAGACCUGAAGCCUGACCUUGAGAAUGUCAACCGCUACGAACUGGCAUGAGCUCACAUAGAAAGACUUGAGAUGCUAUGUCAAAGCAACACCACAAGGGGGCAGCAAAGGAACACACUGGAAUGGGGAAGUUCAUAGCCUACUGUGAAAGAAAUGCUUCAGCCGAUCCUCUUAGAGUUCCUCUUAGAGUUCUACUCUGCCUUAUUUUAUACCGUAACAUACAUCUGUAUUUCAUGCUGUAGUUACACAGGUUUGAGAAGUUUCUCCAUCCCGGUGUAAGGAAAACAGAGAGGUGUGCUCCAAUACUGUAUAUUGAGGACAUUUUAAGGGACUAAUGCCUUGUGAAAGCAUUCCAGUGUUUACCUUCUCAAACUGUGUCAGAUGCUUGAUGAGCAGUGAAAUGCCUCAGGGGUAAAUCUCCCUACACAUAUCAGUGAACAACAUCUGAGCCCACCUGAUUUUGCUUUACAUAAUCAAGAUGUGAGUGUGAGUGUAUAGUUCAACAACUUUUUUAAUGCCAUGGAGCUCAUUGGUCCUUGUCUAUGGCCCAUCUGACAUAAUCCAGGUCUUGAGACAGUCUGACAGUCUGAAUAACAUGACUUUGCUGGUUAUUGGCACUGAGGGGCACAUGGAGACCAGUAAACACAUCCUGACUCUUUUACAGUUUUUCUCAGUCACUUUGGUGCAUUUCUUGAACAGUACAACAACAGUAACAUCUCUCAAAACAUGGAUAUACCUGCAAAAGUGCGCAUCUUGCCAUAAAUGCUUUGUUAAUGUCUCAAAAGCAAAUAUUUAUAGAGAUGAAACUGUUGGUGCAAUCAAAAUGACAAGUCCUGAUGCCAUUGUUUAUGUCAAACUGGUUUGUCUUAAUAGCCUAACACUUACUAACAUGACACUUACUCUGUAAGUAUUUGCUAAUGAACAAUGCACAAGGCAGCACCAUUUUCUGUGGCAUAGCUAUUUCAAAACUACAAAGUUACACAUGCUUUUUGUAUGUGGAGAAGGUUGAUUGAAAGAGCUGUAUGUUUAAAAGUGUUUACUGUUGACCAACAUUGUGACUAUGUAAAGAAAACAAAGGCUUUUUCAGCAUUGUGUAAUGAAAAAGAUGGUGACUAUACAGUAAAGCUCCCCUUGGUGGAGCUGGGCGCCACUGUACAUCUUUCUAUACAUCCUGGCAUUCCUGUCUGUCACGUGACAUACGGGCCAGUUUCAUGGGGAAGCAUAUUCAGCAGGGAUCCAGUUGUGCAUUUUGACCAACAUGACAUUUCCAAUUGAAAAAAAAAAAACAGCAGACAAAAUCAGUUCCAUGGAUGCAUUAAAGCGUUGCUAUAUAUAUUUUUUUUUUUCAAGAUGGGGAGAAAUUGCUUUAAUGAUGUUUAGAAAUUACACAAUGAUGUGGAGUUUGAACAAACUGUUUUGAGAAUUGUGUUUCUGAUCUGAGAAAUGCACCAAAGCAGCUGAGAAGAGCUGUAAUACUGUAUUCCAUCAAAAAUAAUCCACAUCCUCAGGUUAUAUCAAUAGUUUAAAUAAAACAUGUUUUGUCUCAACCUAUUUUCAUUGACCUACUCUGUUGAGAAUUAAAAUGUAUCUACAUUUUUCAACCCUUUAAUUAAUUAUAUAAAUUGCCCCAUCAGUUCAAUGCUCCAUGCCUUAGAGUAAAAUUGUGUUCAAUUUGACCACUUUUACUGGUAUAUAUGCAUGGCCAUGCAACCUACAGGUCAUGUGACAAAUAUAAACACUUGUCGUUGCCAUUAGCUGCUUUAUGGUCUAGAAUAGACAGUCCUAUUCAAAUAAAAGCAAAGAUUUUACAGAAAGACACUGACAACUAUUUUGCUAAAAGACAGCAGUUAGUAUGCUGGGAAGAUUUGUAUCAUAGGCUACCAAUAGUGCUAUUUUUUGUUUUGUUUUGUUGGGGGUUUUUUUGCUCUGUUUUGUAUUUAUUAUAGAUAUUUACCUCUUUAGUUUCAGACUCAAUAGACUGAAAACCCCUUUUGGGGCAAUUGCUCUGUCGCUAGUUUGGAGUUUAAGGUGGUUUUAAACUCCAACUCCAGUUUAAAACCGUGUUACUCCAAACUAGCGACAGAGCAAUUGCCCCCUUAUAGUUCUGCUUAAACUACCUUCAAGACACAAGUCUUAUUUGUAUGCUAUAAGCUACUUGGCCCUUUGAGCUGUGGUCUCAUGCCAUAACAGCAAACAUGAUGGGGGGCCACAUUUUGGAAGUGAGAUAUUUUAAGGAUUUCAUCUCUGGCAUAUUUCCCAGACCCACCACGCCAUAAGUGCAUGGGUGCAUUAACGGUACGCUAUUAGCAAUGCAUGGGCUGCAGAUGGGUUGGGUGUGUGACCUUGCUAUUGGCCCUGCAUGGACUAUAGGUGGUGUGGGUGUGUGUGGCCUCGCCUAACCCUCUAUUGCUAGUGUUGCUUCAGGGUAUCAUACCCUUUCCCCCUCAUUAAACCAAUACGAAAGUGCUCAUUUUGAUCAGGAGGAAGUAUGAAAAGCCAACAGAAUGUGUGUGUUUGAUCACAUGACUCGUCCGAUAUCCUUCUCCAUCUCUUUUCCUCACCUGCACUCACAUGUGACAGGCAUGUUUUUUCAGCUCCACAAAACUUUGAAAAAGUGAAAUUUUCUAGGAUUUCCAUGAAAUAAAAAAAUAUUUUCACAAUUUUGGCGUGCGUUCAUCAAGGUCAGAGACGAGGGGACGGAGGCGUCUUAGGUGUCCUGAGUUACGAGCUCAGGAGUCAGCAGCAGACUGGCCGACAGCCAGCUGAUCUGCCCUGGAUGGCUUUGGAUGCUCCAGGCGGCUGCCAUCUCACUUUGUCCUUUUAACGCCUGCGGAGUGACUUCAGGGAUUUCUCCAAAAAGGUCAAGAAGGCGGGCAGAAGGUGGGCUGUUUGUGUUUGGUUAUAAGGGGGGUGGCAGAGACGCCUCCUCAGCCAAUCGCGCGUGGCCUAGUGGCAUCGCAUUGCCGUGGGGCACAGUCGAGGAGAGCUAUUGAUAUAAAGAUCCAGUCGGGCUGAGGAGUGCCUCUGUGCAACUGCUCAGUGCUCCAGCUCACUACCACCCCCACCCCAACAUCUCUUCCUCUCCCUCCUCCUCCUCCUCUCGCUCUGUCUUCAGCGGUUCCAUGCAUGUGACAAGAGGGCUGUACCUACUCAAGAAGUCAAGACCAGGAGCAUUGCAUAACACUGCCAGGACAGCAGAACAUAUUUCUGAACACUGAACUCUUCCCCAGUUUUUGAACUGUGCCACCACACCACGGACUUGACCAUGACCAGUGUGAACUCCCCUGCCUGUCUGCUUGCUCGGAACCAGUUCUACCGCAAUGCUGAAAGCUCAGCGAAAAUGACCCCUGACUAUGGCCUCUCUGAGUGCUUAGCGCAACCCAAACAAAGGCAAGUGACUGUCUGGGUGACUGCGUCCACAUAUCCAGGGUUCCCGGGGGAUGCGAGAGGCUGGACGAUCAGCGUGGAGCUGCGGGCACCAUCGCCACGCAGCUCCCCCUCCUCUGGGCGGAGCAGUCCGUCGGGCCGUCCGGUGAAGUAGCGUGGGACGCGGCGGUGGAGGUGGUGCAGGCCCCGAGGCCUGAGGAGAAGACCUCCGCAGAGAGGGAACAUUCCUCAGCCUGGCUCUCCUCAACUCUCCAAGUGCUCUGCACAGCUGUGUGGACCUGAGCCAGGCACAGCCCUGGACACUCCAGCCUGAGAGAGUGUGUGUGUGUGUGUGUGUGUGUGUGUGUGUGUGCAUAUGUGUAUGUGUAUGUGUGAGAGUGUGUGAGAGUGUUUGUGUAAGAGAGAUGUGUUAAUGUGUGUGUGUGUGAGAGAGAGACAGAUGUGUUAAUGUGUGUGUGUGUGUAUGUGCACACGCAUGUGUUUUACAUUCGUGUGUUUUACAAUGUCGGUAUCAACGCUGCACCUUGCUUGUUUUUUUGCCUAGAAAGUGUCCUCCACAGCAGAACAUCCUACUCUCACAGCUGUGUGUUUUGUACAGGGUGCGAGGCUGAGGAGAAAAAGCCUUUUUGUAAUUCGUCUAAAGAUAGCUUUGCAGCCAGUGUGCAAUGUUAACUGUUGCAUAACACAUUCCCACCCCUUCCCUUUCCAAUCCCCACUGCAAUGCUAUAGCUCUCCCCCCCCACCCCACCCCACACCCCCUUCACAUGGAGACCCCUCUCAUCCUAUAGAGUGCUCCCUCGACAUGCCCCCUCCAUGGAAGGCUGGUCCUCGGAAGAGUGAGGCUCCCACUCACCCCACCUCUUUGAUGAGGACCUGUUGCUGAGCUCGAAAGAAGAGAGGAAAACACGAUAGACCAGAGUGAGCAAAAAAGGCUUUUCUGUCCGUGUAGCAAUCAUCCAUCUGGCCAGCCAACCAGCCAACCAGCCACUUGUGACUUUGCCUAGUGACCUGGAAAAAGUGCUAACAGGGCUGGAAAUCACUUCACCCGUCUCACGCCCAGGACACAAAUGAUAACUUUAUUUACGCUUGAAGGCGGAUGAAUGGAUGUGAUCACAGGUUGUGUACAUGUGAUUCUUUUGUCUGUUUUUAGUGCUUUUAUAUGUUGUCUGGAUUCUCCCUUGGAAAUGGCUUGAUGUGGCCGCCAGAUGUAUUGAAUGUAAGUUUGUAAAUUGAGAUUUUUCCAUCAUGGUUUGGUCUUUAUGCGUCUCAAUGAGAGAGCACUGCUUUAUGUGUGCCUUGGACAGUUGAGAGGGUCAAAGACCAUGUUCUCUGUCUCUCAUGACUCCCUAUGUAACCCCAUAGCACUUUCAAUCAAGGGAAAAAUAAAUUCUCAGAAUUGUAA